AUGAGCAAGUCAGAUGUAAUCUCAGACAUUGUCAAUGAGAAAAAAGAAUCAGUUAUGACAGUCAUGUCCCAUUCAAAGGAUCUCAAGGACGACUUCCACAGUGAUACUGUUCUUUCCAUUUUAAAUGAACAGCGCAUUCGGGGUAUUUUAUGUGAUGUCACCAUAAUUGUGGAAGAUACCAAAUUUAAAGCCCAUAGUAACGUGCUGGCAGCUUCAAGCCUGUACUUUAAAAACAUUUUUUGGAGUCGUACUAUCUGUAUUUCAGGUCAUGUACUGGAGUUAGAUGAUCUCAAGGCUGAAGUGUUUACAGAAAUACUGAAUUACAUCUACAGUUCCACAGUAGUUGUUAAGAGGCAGGAGACUGUAACGGACCUUGCAGCUGCAGGGAAAAAACUGGGAAUAUCAUUUCUAGAAGAUCUUACAGAUGUUAAUUUUUCAAGUUCCCCUUGUCCCUAUGCAUACUGUAUUAAUGAAAAAGGGACUGUCAAAGAGGAAAAACAUGAAAAGAGACAUGAAGAUUCUGCUGUGACAAAUGGACCACGAAUUACAAAUGCAUUCUCAAUUUUUGAAACAGAAAACAGUUUGUUUUCUCCACUUGAUUUGAGGGCAAACUUUAAAAAGGUAUCUGAGACAAUACAAGCUCCCAACAUCAGCUUCGAUAGAAGCAAUGUUUGCAAAGAUGCUGAGCCUACCAGCACACUGGCUGAACACUCCUAUGCAGUUUCUUCUGGGGGAGAUAAUUUUCAAGGAACACCUUUUCUUGAACAGGACAGCAGCCCUUCAUACAAGAUGGGUGAAGAUCACUAUCAAAAUCUCCAAGCCACACCACUCAUUCAGCCAGGAAAACAAGCAUGUAGUUCUCCUAAGACAGCUUUUAAGCCCCAGGGUACUACUGGUUUGGCUAUAGCAAAAGUACGAGCCUCUACAGUAACCACUGCAGAAGCCCAACGUGAAGCAGUUGCUGAUCAGACAAUUAUUUCUGUCCCAAAACCUCAGAAUAAAGCAGAUUUCCAUUUAUCCAGAGAAGAGGAAAACAAUUCUGCUAAUGUUUCUGGAUCCUUAGCAACUGUGGUUCCACCUGCUUACAGUCGUAACUGUUGUGCAAAAUCAUUCAAUGACAGGGCACUACUCAGUACUCAUCUUCAGGUCCAUUCAGAGCAUCAGGAAACUGUCAUAUGCAAAUACUGCAGCAAACAAUUUGCAAAUUUAAAUAUACUGGAAAGUCAUGAACAAGUCUGCAUGAGAUCAAGUAGCUUAUCGGUUCACAAUGGAAAUGAACAAAAUUUUGCAGAUAACUGUACUGCUACAGACAGAAGGAAUGGAAGUUCAUAUGCAAAUGCAGAGUCUCUAUUGUCUGAAAGCAGCGUUACUGAUUAUUCUAAUGCAAACUGCACUUUACCAGAAACAGAUCAUUUGGUUAAAGUUGUUGAUGGGCAGAUACUAUAUACUUGUGUUGUUUGCAAGCGUAGUUAUGUAACAUUGUCUAGCCUUCGAAGACAUGCAAAUGUGCAUUCAUGGAGAAGAACAUACCCGUGUCACUACUGCAGUAAAGUAUUUGCAUUAGCUGAAUAUCGCACCAGACAUGAGAUCUGGCACACAGGAGAAAGACGGUAUCAAUGCAUUUUCUGUCUGGAGACUUUUAUGACUUACUAUAUAUUAAAAAAUCAUCAAAAGUCUUUCCAUGCAAUUGACCAUCGUCUCUCAGUGAAUAAAAAAACAGCCAAUGGAGGCUUAAAACCAAAUAUGUACCCAUACAAACUUUAUCGACUUUUACCUAUGAAAUGCAGGCGACUACCUUAUAAGUCCUACCGAAAUUCUUCAUAUGAAAAUGUUCAGACAAAUAGCCAGGUUAAUGAAACUGCUUCUACUAACUGUUUUGUUCCUAGUUCUCUUAGCUCUGAGCUACCACCACUCAAUUUUCAAAGUAAUAUUAUAGCGAACAACAGAACCCUUGCCUUGGAUACAUCUUCAUGCAGUGAUACAGCAUCUUCUAGAAAUACUCAGAAUUCUUCCUCUUGGGGAGUAGGUAUCUUAAAUUCUAACCUGCAAAGGGACUUUUUCACAGCUGAAAAAAGAGUUUCCACUGCAGCAAAUGACUCUGGUUCUCAGGAGUGUGAUACCUCAGCUGUGUCUUUAACUAAUGCGAAUGAAAAUUCAACCUCUGUCAUCAGUUACAGCAGUUCUGCACCCUCUGUUAUAAUGCACAGUAGCAGAGUUUCAUCAGUAAUAAUGCACAGUAGAACAGUCACUUGUGUAGAAAACAGUAAACUAGAAUCUUCCAGUAAUAUACCUAGUCAGUCUGUAACUGACGAUUGUAAAUAUGGAUCAGAUAAUUAUGGGAAGUGCAUUACAAAAUCAAAAACUGUUAAGGAGAAGAAGAAAACACUGCUGUACAACAGAGCAGAAGCAAUUGAGGAUACACAGCAUGUGUCAGGAUCUGGAAGUUUGUCUAGCAAAACAACAAAUACUGUCCAAGAAGUAAGUAAAACUGAAACAUACAUUGCAAAGCCUGCCUUACCUGGAACAUCUGCUGACAGCAACGUUGCACCUCUUUGUCAAAUAACAGUAAAAAUUGGUGAUGAGGCUAUUGUAAAAAGACACAUACUAGGAUCUAAGCUAUUUUGUAAAAGGGGCAGAAAAUCUAAACAUGAGUCCAAACAGGACAAUCUAAUUGAGGAAUCAGAAAUGGAGAUAAAAGAAAGGAGCCCGUCUAGGCAGUAUAGCUCAGAGUGCCUGGAGCUGACAGAAAUGUGUGAUGAUUUAAGUGACCAGGACUCCAGUGAUAAACCCUGGAGACCCUAUUAUAAUUACAAACCCAAAAAAAAAUCCAAACAGCUAAGAAAAAUGAAAAAGACCAAAUGGAGGAAAAAGCGCAGAAGCAAGAACACCAUUAUGGAAAGCCAUAACACAUGCAGUCGAGAGUACGUGCUCAGGAAUGCUUCUGAGGAAAAGGCAGGCAGUCAAGAAGAGACCACGGAAAUGCCUCAUCUUCAUUGUGAGCUUUGUGAAAGAGAUCAGUCUUCCACUGCAGAAAUUCAAGACCAUGUACACUGGCACGUAGCGUCUUCAAAGCCUUAUAUUUGUGAAUUAUGCCAAAAAAAAUUUCAAAGUCCAUCCACUUUAAAAAUGCAUAUGAGGUGUCACACUGGAGAAAAGCCCUACACUUGUAAAACCUGUGGUAAAUGUUUCUCAGUUCCUGGAAAUCUACAGAAACAUGAACGUAUUCACUUGGGUAUCAAAGACUUUGUCUGCCAAUACUGUAAUAAGGCAUUCACUUUAAAUGAAACACUCAAAAUACAUGAAAGAAUUCAUACUGGAGAAAAACGCUACCACUGUCAGUUUUGCUUUCAGAGCUUCUUGUAUCUUUCAACCAAAAGGAACCAUGAGCAAAGGCAUGUACGUGAGCAUAAUGGAAAAGGAUACGCUUGCUUUCAGUGCCCCAAAAUUUGCAAGACAGCAGCUGCUCUGGGAAUGCACCAGAAGAAACAUCUAUUCAAAACUCCAGGUCCACAAGAUAGAAAAGAACAAUUUUGCAAUGAAAGCACUAAACUUUUGAAAAAUCCACAUUUCCCUGGCUCAGAAAGUGAAGUAAAAAAUGUGCAAAGUGUAGCUCCAGAAGUUACACUUUGAGUUACAGUUGUGCAAAAGAGAAAAAAAAAAUCCAAAACUACACAUUGGAGCAAAUAUGAAUGCAUUGAAUGAGGAAAGGUCUUCACUCAAAUUACUAUAAUUUACUAAUACUAAUUUUCUGCAUCUAAACAUAUGUCCUAUA